UAGAUACUUAAUAGACUUUUUAUUUUGCAAAUUUGGUGUAAAAACAUGAAGUGCUGAGAUUUCAGCCUUCUGUGUAUAUUUCUUUACGUUUUCUUACACCCCUUAAAAUCAACAAGGCCUCACGACCCUGUGAAGCUCUGACUAUCUCUAGUUGGGAACCACUGAUUCAGAUGUCUAAAAACCUUGACGUAGGAUAUAUGAUAUGAUAUGGACUUUAAGAAAUGUGCACUAUAAGUGAAUUCAUCCAGAAGAUUUUGUUGUACACUACGAUAAAUUGGGGGAAAUGGAUCUCAGAUCUUACAGAUUUUAGUUUUUUUCCCAACAAAUUAAGCUCUAAAACGAAGCACGGAGAUCGUCCUGGCUAUGGUUAGAUGGCUAUGCGAGACUGCACACAGCUACACAUUAAGGGAAGAAGAUGAAAGAAUCAACCAGGAGGUCUUUGGAACAGAUUCUCUGCAGCGUCGUCUUCAUCCUCCGUUCAGCUGCCCCGAUAUGAGUCCGUCUCCCACCGUCCCCUCCUCAGUUGAAUAUGUCAAAGCUGCAGACGUCAAAGUCAUCGCCGCGCUGGGAGACUCUUUAACUACAGCUAUUGGUGCCAACGGUUCUAACAUUUUAGCGAUACCUUUCGAAUUUCGCCAAGUUUCCUGGAGCAUCGGAGGAUAUGGAACUUAUCAAAAUGUCAUAACACUGGCAAAUAUUUUAAAACUCUUCAAUCCCAAACUGCUGGGUCCAGCACCCGUGAUGACCUUCCACGGCAGCCCGACGACCGUCAACGAGACCGGCUUCAACUUCGCCAUCACGGGCCACAACACGCUAAACGUGUCAGAUCAGAUAAGAACCAUGAUAGACACGUUCAAGUCUUACCCGGGUCUAAACUUCCAAGAGGACUGGAAGGUGGUGACGAUGCUGAUCGGCAUGAACGACAUCUGUGAUUACUGUAAAGACAAAACGCUGUUCUCCCCCGACAACUUCAUUCACCACAUGACAGAAGCUUUAGACCUGAUGAUGAACGAGAUCCCCAGGAUGAUCGUCAACGUGGUGCAGAUUCUUUCCAUGAAGCCUCUCAGAGAUGUUCAGAGGCCGACCCUCGGCUGUCAGCUUCAAAAGAGUUUCUGCUCUUGCCUCGUUCAACCUGAAGAAAACUCCACUGAGCUGGAGGAGCUGGUCGAGAUUAACCACGAGUUCCAGAGAAGAUUAGAGAAGCUACUGCACAGCGACCGUUUCUUCAAAAAGGACUUUGCUGUUGUUCUGCAGCCUUAUUUGGAGAAUGCAAGACCACCAACACUUCCUAACGGGACGAUUGACUUGAGCUUCUUCACAGCAGAUUGUUUCCACUUCACUGUUAAAGGUCACGAGGAGCUGGCAAAGGGACUGUGGAACAACAUGUUCCAGCCUGAGGGAGAGAAAGAGAUGAUACAGACACUUUCAGAGCCAAUAAAACUCAUCUGCCCCACGAAGGAGCAUCCGUACAUCUACACCAAACCUCGACUCAAAUCGUCUUCACCGACGCUGAAACAUUUCUCCAUGAACGCGCUGAUGUCUCUGCUUGCUGUGAUUCAUUACCUGUAGCUCGUACACCCCCUGGAUUUAUUCCCGCUGGAGCCACCAAAACCUUCUCAGGAAGGUUUAACUUGCUUUGUGUGAAAGACUUCCAACAUAUGGAGAUUGAUUGAUCAGCUGAUGACGUAAUCAAUCAACAGACCAGUUUAUAAUGGUCUGCUGAUAAAUACACAUUUUCCCUGGUGCCUAGUCGUUCAUGGACUUCAGUUAGCGAGUCUGAAAGAGCUCUUCUGUUUCUGAGCGGAAGAACACAAAUAUUAAGCUCAGGUUGUGUCCCAAUAUGUCUUGAUAAUGUCUGCACUGGGAGAUAACAGCUGUGGUUAACUGAUCUGAAUAUUCUGUGGUCUGAGUUGGAUAAACCUGUUGAGGUAGAUCACUUAGUGACAUGAACAAUAGCUUAACUACUAAUUACUGACAGAUAAUCCACCAUUACAGCAUCAUUUCAGUAAAACGUAGAAGAGAUUAUCUCUUUUUACUAAAUAUCAUGAUCAUAAAAUACUUUAAUUCAUUUGAUUGCAGUGGCUUUUAACUACUGUAUGUCUUAUUUUAUUAAAAUAAAUCCCUCUACAUGAGGCCAGACUUAAGCUGAGGACAUUUUCUUGCAGUUGUAUCUACUUAUGUAUUAUUUUACUUAUAUUUCUGUCAGAGAUUAAAUGACAGCAGCCAUAAUAAACAAAUAUAAUUGAUCAUUUAAUACAAAGACAAUCAUAAGAGAUGAAAAACAAGACCAACUAACAGGCAAUAUGUAUGAAAUUAAACCUUAAAACUGUCAAAAAGUCAUACUAAUAUCACAUCAUUACAUAUAUAUAUACAAAUUCAUAAUUUAAGUCAUUUAUAUAGUAAAAAUACACCAGCAGACUGACUUUGGUUAGUCAUCUUUCUCAUAUCUGUUGACAGUAUACACUUCCAUACUGUAAACAUAUGCUCUGGUACCUAAAUGUCAGUGUAAACUCAGUCUUGUACCACAGAUACAAAUAAACAUUAUGCAAAAGUC